AUGCCUUCUCUUCGAAACACGCUGCUGGCGUCCCUCCUCGCCGCGUCCGUCUCUGCACGCGACGUUCCGGCCAAUGUCAAGAGCUUCAAGGACAGCAUCAUCAAGCAGGGCUCUUGCAAGAGUACUCUAGCUACUGGUUUCUACAGCAGCGAUGGCGACUCUGGCACCUACUCGUACUGCGGCGACCACGUCAAGGACUACAACGUCAUCUACCUCCAGGGCAAGAAUGGCAAGCUCGUCAACAUGGACAUUGACUGCGACGGCAUCCAGGGCAGUCCCGCCGAUGACGGCCGCUGUGGUUCUUCUGGUGAUACCCAGUCCAUCACCUCGUUCCAGUGGGUUCUCGAGUCGUACGGCACGUCGCAGAAGGAUCUCGAUGCCAACAUCCACCCGUACAUUGUCUUUGGUAACGAGGGUACCAAGUCUGGCUGGAAGACUUUUGACCCUGAGAAGCAUGGUAUUAAGCCUCUUAGUGUCAUGGCUGUCGUGUGUGGCAACAAAAUGUUCUACGGCAUCUGGGGUGAUGAAAACGGCGACGACGGAGACUACCCCAUGGUCGGAGAAGCGUCCAUCUCGCUCGCCACAGCCUGCUUCGGCAAGUCAAUGAACGGAAACUUUGGUCACGGCGAGGACGACGUCCUGUACAUUGCCUUCCCCGGCAGCGACGCCGUCCCUGGAGCAAAGGGUGCUAAGUGGACGGCCAAGAACUUUGACGAGUUCCAGUCCAGCAUCACCACCCUGGGUGACAAGCUGAUCAAGCGUAUUGGAAGCUCUAGCGGUGGUGGUACUACUCCUCCUCCUACCUGCUCCUGGCCCGGUCACUGCCAAGGUGCUACUUGCAAGACUGGCGAUGACUGCUCCGACGACCUCAUCUGCACCAACGGCAAGUGCUCGCCUCCAUGA